AUGGCAGCCUCUCUCUUCUCCCAUUUUUUCCCCCUUCCCAGGUUACUGGCGAUAGCGGCGGCUAUUGCGAUCGUGGGCAUCCAUGGGCAAUUUCUGGCCUUCGACCAGCACGCUACCGAGUGUGCGCUGUACGUGAACGGUCCCGGCAAGUCGUCCGCCUUUGACUACAACCUGAACCUGUUCCGUGGAACCAUUUCCCCGCUGCAUGCCGAUCAGACCACCUGCAUUACGUACGAUGCCAUCAACCAGGCGUACCUGGAUGCCCGGAAGCGGAUCCGCGUGUCGCAACCGAAAGGUGAUUGGAAGACGGAGGACAUCGCCACCGUGGGUGAGCUGCUGCUAGACAUUUCGAUUCAGCUGGCCAGAACGUACGGACUGUCAUACGAGGAGAUCGAGAAGGGUCUUCCCUCGAUCGACACCUCGAAGACGUUGAUUCGGGAGGUGUGCCCAGCGUUCCUGUCCGGUGUGGAGUGCCGCCCGGGCAAGUACCGACGUGUGGACGGUCUCUGCAAUAACCUGAAGCACCCGACGUGGGGUGCAGCGAUGACGCCCUUCCAGCGCCUGAUCGGUCCGCUCUACUCGGACGGAAUCAACGCACCGCGCAUCUCGAUCACCGGCCACGACCUGCCACUGUCGCGUGUCGUUUCGCGCACGAUCCACCCGGACGAGGGCUACCAUGACCACGCCGGCACGGUGUUCGUCAUCGCCUGGGGUCAGUUUAUGGACCACGACUUCACGCUAACGGCCACCCCGCUCGACCCGAUCAACCGCAACGACCCGGAGGAGUGCUGCAAGCGUCCGCCGCACCUGAAGCACCCGUACUGUAACGAGAUUCGCGUGCCAGACGACGACUACUUCUACCGCCUGUUCAACGUCAAGUGUAUCGACUUCGUGCGUGGCUUCCCGUCUCCCCGGCCCGGAUGUCGACUCGGCUCGCGCCAGCAGUUCAACACGCUCACCUCGGUCAUCGACGGCAACACCAUCUACGGCGUGAACGAGAAGUUCACGCGGAAGCUCCGCACGGGCUACAACGGACUGCUGCGCAUGAACCCGGUGUUCGCCGAGUACGGCCUGAAGGAUCUGCUGCCACUGAAGCUCGACAUCCCGGACGAGGGAUGCACGCGCCCGAACAAGAGCAUGUUCUGCUUCGAGGCCGGCGAGAUCCGCGUCAACGAGCAGCUGGUACUGACCUGCAUGCACACGCUGUUGGCCCGCGAGCACAACCGCAUCGCGACCGAGCUCGGCAAGAUCAACCCGCACUGGGACGACGAGACGCUGUUCCAGGAGUCGCGCCGCAUCAACAUCGCCAUCAUCCAGCACAUCACCUACAACGAGUUCCUACCGAUCCUGCUCGGCAAGGAGGUGAUGGAGAAGUUCGGCCUGCUCACGCAGAAGGAGGGCUACUGGGAUGGCUACGACGAGACCGUCAACCCGGCCAUCAUCGAUUCGUUUGCGUCCGCCGCCUUCCGUUUCGGCCAUUCGCUGCUGCCGACCGCCGUUGAGCGCUGGUCGAAGGCGCACAAGUUCAUCGCCUCCAAGCGCCUGUCGGACCUGAUCCGUCGCCCGUACGAUCUGUACCGCGCGGGCGUCUACGACGAGUACCUGAUGGGACUGAUGAAUCAGGUUGCACAGGCCAUGGAUGACUCGAUCACGCAGGAGGUCACCAACCAUCUGUUCAAGAAGGAGGGCGCCCGCUUCGGCAUGGAUCUGGUGUCGUUCAACAUGCAGCGCGGCCGAGAGUUCGGCGUGCCCGGCUACAUGGAGUUCCGCAAGUUCUGCGGUCUGCCGACCUCCGAUAACUUCCAGGAGCUGUUCGGUUCCAUGCCCAACGAGACCGUACGUCGCUACGAGAGCAUCUUCGAACAUCCGGCCGAUGUGGAUCUGUGGUCCGGUGGUGUGUCGGAACGCUCGCUGCCCGGCUCGAUGCUGGGACCGACCUUCGCCUGCAUCAUCGCCACCCAGUUUAGCUACGUUCGCCGCGGUGACCGCUUCUGGUACGAGCUGCCCAACCAGCCCUCGUCUUUCACGCCCGAGCAGCUGCAGGAGGUCCGCAAGGCGAAGCUGUCGCGACUUAUCUGCGACAACACCGACCUUAUCGACACCGUGCAAAUCUACCCGAUGGUGUUGCCGGACCAUGAAAUCAACCCCCGAGUGCCAUGCAAGAGCGGAAUCCUUCCAUCUAUCGAUCUGACGAAAUGGGCCGACUACGGACAUGAGACCCAUUCGCCGCAUCAAUAUCAAUUUUUGAACGACAUUCCCGAGACGAUCGGCUUUAAGAAAUAG